AUGAACACACCAUACAUAGCGGCCUGCACAAUAUUAAUUGCUCAUAAAAUAACGACAGGACACUUGCUUGUCGAUCAAAGACACGUUUAGCUGAAUAAUAUGAUUGUAAUCACUACGUAUUGAACGUAUCGAUUGAAGCUAGAAUUGUUAAAAAGAAUAGCAGUUUCUUAUCAAAAGACUACUGUUGUAAAGUGCGCUCUGGAAAGACGAUGGCAGCUGACGAGAAAAUAAGUUUAGAAAGCGAGUUUGCAACAAGUACAACACUCCAUGGGCUGCAAUACAUUGCCACAAGUAAACGGUUCAUCUUUAAACUACUCUGGGUAUUGAUUUUCAUGGCUGGAUUGAGUUUAUGUGUGUGGCAAAUCAGUCUACGCAUUCAAGAGUAUUUGUUGUUCAACGUAAACACAGAAAUCAACCUGACGUUUGUCGAUGAACUGGAGUUUCCCGCCCUCACUAUCUGCAACUUCAACAGGUAUCGAAGUUCCUACCUCACUGAUUAUGAUAGGAAUGUUAUAAAAUAUCUAUGGGACGCCGAAGACUACGACUACUUCUCUGAAGAGUAUGCAAAUGGAAUUUCGAGUAUUCAGUUUGAUGAUGUUUUUACCAAUGAACACUUUAGCACGUCUGAAUUUACCAACAGAACUGGAUUUCAGCUCAAUGACGACACGAUUCUAAGUUGCAAAUGGAAAGAGAAGUCUGGUUGUGGAGGUCAGGUUAGUGCUAUGCAGUGGCGUACCUAA